UCCUCUGGAUCGAGUAACAGCUGGUGUCGGGGCGUAGUGACCUUUUGUCUUCCGGCGGUCAGGUGCGGAGGAGAGGGGGGCGGAGAUUGAGCAGAAGGAGCCGCUUCACAUCGGACCGGUCCCGGCGUCCCGGACAAACAAAUGGCCGUGAACCGGCAGAGAGGGACAGAGUGAUCCAGGUUUCUUGUUUUUUUUUAAAUUUUAUUUUUUUAAUUUCUAUUAUCUCUUAGCGCGUCUGCAGCGCAGAGAGCUGUGUCCAUGCUCACAUAGGAGGUUAAAGAGGGUAAGAAGCGCUCUUCAUCCUCACACUCAGCGCAUUUCAUCCAUCUGGCAGAAGAAUGGGAGAGUCCUGUUGACACCACGGAGAGAUACACGCUGAGACCGACCAUGGCUGUGGACGACUCACUGAGCCCAGGGGAAUCUCUGGCUGAGCUGUAUAACAGCCAUAUGGCACUAUCAAGGAACGCCUCACACCAUGGCGACCAUAUACUGCAGAGAUUUACAACACGCUCAGACUAUACGGACAUUUCGGCGUCCAGCUUCAGCUUCUGCCGCGCCUCCCUGGAGCACACGCUGUCCGCCGAGGAGCUGAGCUACCAGCUGCCACGUCGCGCCGGAGGCAGCAACCUGACCUGGCAUGACGGCCGCGGCCAGAAGACAGCGCACACACGCACCGUCAAGCUGCUGCAGCAGCCCGGCACAGAGGGCAUCCAGUUGCGUCCGGGCGAAGCCUUCACUGUGUAUCACACCAGCCCGACUCUGUCCAGUCUGUCCAAACCUGUGGUGCUGUGGACUCAGCAGGACGUCUGCAAGUGGCUUAAGAAACACUGUCCUCACAACUACCUGACCUAUGUAGAGGCCUUCUCCCAUCACGCCAUCACAGGGCGGGCGUUGCUGCGUUUGAACGGGGAGAAGCUGGAGAGGAUGGGAAUCGUCCAGGAGACGCUGAGGCAGGAGGUCCUCCAACAAGUCCUCCAGCUGCAGGUCAGAGAGGAGGUCCGCAACUUGCAGCUCCUUAGUAGAACCUCCUUUGGAAACUUCUCUUAGCUCAUCCCUGGAUCCAUUUGGCAGCCCCCCUUUUCCUUCAUCCCCCCCCGUGUCACAAUACAUCUCCAGGAGCCAUGGAAGAGCUGCUGUCUUCAGAUGUGUGAGCAGAGAAACAAGGAGUGAAAGGGGAGAGGACAGGCCUAUAGACUACAUGCCAGCAGCCAGUCCGGAGGAUUCUCAUUCAAGGCAGCCAAUCUGGUUUACGGUCACUGAGACAGAGACAAAGCCCCGCUCAAGGCAGGGGUACCCACUGUAACAUAGUGAUAAGAUGUAAGAUUCAUGACACUAGUGAUGAUGUAGGCCGAUCUCUCCCUUUGGUUCCGUGUCUCAUUUGGAUCAGAUUGGUUGUGGACAGAACUGGUGAAACACACAUUCCAUAGUCUUUUUUUCUCUCUCUUCUGGUGAAAGGCUUACACGAAAAACUUGGUUAUGGUUCAACAUCAACUUACCAUGUGAACCCAUGAUGAUCCCAUGAUGACUGCCCACUGGAUCUGAGGUGAAGCAGAACUUCCGGUGGAUCUCCAACUCCCACACCAGCCGACUUACUCCAAUAAAUUAAUGAUCUAUUCCCCACCCAUGGGUCACACUGCAUUUUCCUCUCAGGACUUCACUUUGGAAAUUGUAGGUUUUGGAGCAUCAGCAACAACACUUAAAGCCGAAUGUCAUUCCAACAAUCAGUCUUUUUGUAUUGUGACUGAUCUGCAGUAUUUCAGCGAGAAACUAGAAUAUGAAGUAUAUAUAUACAGUCUGAGCGUUGUAGAAUAACUGUAAAUCUGCGUAUACUGUAACAGUACCAUAGUCUUUUAUUAACGGAGUGGAUCCUGACGUCUUAGAGUUAAAGACUAACUCAAUUUUACACUUGGAGGUCUUGGAGAUUAAAGUGAAUGAAUAUCUAAAAAAAAAAGUAGCAUAAAGCCUUCUGUGGCUCUAAAGGAAGCUACAUGUAUUCUGAUAUUGCCUCCAAUGAUGUCACUCAGUGGCUACAUGGCAUUAUGGGUAAUAAAGGCGCCAGGUUUUGAAAAGGAAGAAGGAUGUGCCGAAUGAAAAAGGUGAUCAUUUUGUUGAUUUUGAUCAAUAAACUUAAUGCAGUGCCAGACCAACGGACUGCUUUUUAAAGCCUGGCGCAUACAUUACCCACAAUGCAAUUUAGCCACAAAGUGACAUCACUGGAGGCAGAUUAUCAGAUUGCAUGCAGCUUUCUCUGCAGCAACAAAAGGCUUUACAUGACUGUUUUCACACCCGCAGCAGUACUCUCCUAAGACCUGUAAAGUUACUUUAAUGUAAAAUUGUAAAAUUGGGAGUUACCCUCUAAUGUGAUAAUCACUGAUUAUGCUUUAUAAAGCAAUAAUUGAAAUCAUGAUAGGUGGAGAGGUGUAGCACUGUAUGGGGUAAAUAGUAAUCAAUCUUUUUUUAAAUGGGUUGAGAUGUAUGAAGUACGAGUGUCUGUAUGAGGGAAACGUACAUUUUGCCUGUUACGGCUACUGCAUUUGCCAGCCUGAUAGCUUCUGUCCUUAGGGUGCGCUCUAUUACUGUAUACUGUAUGUCAUCUCUCGCACACGAGCACUAAGAAAAGGACAAGCCCUGUUGUAUUCCGCCCACUCUCUGUCACUGGUGUGACACAAAUCAAGACACUGCGACAGCCACCCAGACGCAAGAUUCCCGGCCUAACUGAAGCGAGCACCCUUUGAUGUCACUCGAGACAGCAGCAGACAGCUACAUGUGACGUCGACGUUUAAGUCUCGUAAAUAAAUGAAUUACAUAAAUAAAUAAACCUUGAACAAACAGAGGCAUCCUUCCAUCUGUCCUGUGACGAGGACUCUUGGGGCUAAUGUGAGUAAUUGGCUGUUUAAAAGGGAGAAACACACUGUAUUUUUUUGGGCGGGGGGGGAGAUUCCUGAUGUACUGUAAAUAUUGACACUUUUGAUUUACUCUGUCAGACGAUUGAUGACGUGUUUGAAAUGCAGAAAGGAAAAAUGAUAAAUAUGUAUCUGCUCCCCAGAUGUGAAGAUGUGUGGUGUGGAGC